AUGAUAAUUUAUAUUCAAAGCCCAGCGCGGCGGCGGGAGCUGAGCCAGCCGGGCUGGCAGCGGGUGGGCGAGCUGCCCUCGGCUUUGGGCGCGGUACGAGUCAAGCAAAAUCCAUUAAAUCCCGGUUUUCCCUUGGCUGGGCUCCACCGCCUCCCCCCGGCCCAGGCCACCCGCGCCCUGCGGCUCACAGCGGGUGUCAGCACAGCCCCUGCCGUCCCCGAGACCCCGCUCACCUCACGGGGAAAGAGCCCCGGGUCCCCGCGGUGUCCCGUGCCCGAGAGUCACCUCACCCCACCGGGGAGAGACCCCUCGGCCCCUCCAACCCCGCACCGCCCGGUCCCGUCCGCUGAGACUCACCUGACGGGGGAAAGGCCCUCCCGUGCCCUCCCUCCCUCCCUGGCACCGCGCCAGCGACUCCCCGAACCCCUCAGCACCUCCCGGCACUGCCCCGACCCUUCCCUCGUGCGGUACCGGGAGAGGAGGGGCCCAGCCCGGCCCCCGCCCGCUGUUGCGGCGUUGCCGGUGGAGACGGAGCCGGCCCCGGUGCGCCGCUUCCCGCCGCCUGAGGGCGCCGGUGGGCGGGAGGCGAGAGGCCCCGCCGGGCGGACGGCAGGAGGGCCCGGCUCAGGCAGAGGCCGGGGCUCAGAGUGUGGCACCGCCCGUGCUUUUGGGGCACCGGCACGGCUCUGCAGCGGGGCUCGGAGUGCGGCACUGCCCGUGCAGAGCGGGGCUCGGAGCGUGGCACCGCCCGUGCAGAGCGGGGCUCGGAGCGUGGCACUGCCCGCGCAGAGCGGGGCUCGGAGUGUGGCAGAGCGGGGCUCGGAGUGCGGCACUGCCCGUGCAGAACGGGGCUCGGAGCGCGGCACUGCCCGUGCAGAACGGGGCUCGGAGCGUGGCAGAGCGGGGCUCGGAGUGUGGCACUGCCCGUGCAGAGCGGGGCUCGGAGCGUGGCAGAGCGGGGCUCGGAGCGUGGCACUGCCCGUGCAGAGCGGGGCUCGGAGCGUGGCACUGCCCGUGCAGAGCGGGGCUCGGAGCGUGGCAGAGCGGGGCUCGGAGUGUGGCACCGCCCGUGCAGAGCGGGGCUCGGAGUGUGGCACCGCCCGUGCAGAGCGGGGCUCGGAGCGUGGCACUGCCCGUGCAGAGCGGGGCUCGGAGCGUGGCACCCCGCCCGUCCCUUCGGACACCGGCACCGCUCUGCAGCUGUACCAACAGCGCACAAACCCGUUAAAUGAUGAGGCUGGUGUGUUCUGGGAAGCACACCCUCCCCAAGUCUCAGCCAAACAGCUUUCCACGUGA